CUUGGUGGUGAAUCUUUUUAUCAAAUUAUUUACCAAUGAUUUUGCAUGUUAUGUCAAGAAAUGGCGGAUGAUGGGCUGGACGGGUUUUGUGGGUCAAAGUUUUGGGAUACCAACCUGACGUGGUACACAGAGGACCCCGAUCUCACACCAUGCUUCCAGAAGACAGUUCUGGUGUGGGUGCCGUGUGCCUUCCUGUGGCUCUUCUCGCCGCUCGAGACUUACUACAUCCUCCACAGCAAGACCAGGAAUGUUCCCUGGAACUGGCUCAACGUCUCCAAGCUGGUCUUGAGUGGUGCCCUUAUAAUUUUAUCACUCGCUGAACUUGGUUUUGUUGCAAAGCUUAGCGGUAAUGGCUUUGAGACAUUUUCGGUCGACAUUUACUCACCUGUUAUCAAGAUAAUCACUUUUGCCUUGUCGAUAAUAUUAGUAGUGUUCAACCGUCGGAAAGGACUGACCACAUCGGGCCUCCAGUUCUUGUUCUGGUUCCUGUUGUCGCUGUGUGGGGUGCCCCAGUUCCGUUCAGAAAUACGACAGGCGCUACGAGACGAUGUCGACCCAGAACUGCAGCACAAGUUUGUGAUAUACAUCGUCUACUACCCGUUGGUGCUGGCUUUGUUUUUACUGAACUGCGUCAGCGAUGCUGCUCCAACGUUUUCAGAAUACCCACCAGUCGAGAACCCAUGCCCGGAGCAGAAUGCUUCGUUCCUGUCGAAGCUGUUCUUCUCGUGGUUCGACCGGCUGGCGUGGAGAGGUUUCCGCAAGCCCCUGGAGAUGAAGGACUUGUGGAACAUGAACCCCCAGGACACGGCCCGGGAGAUUGUGCCUGUCUUCGACAAGCACUGGGAGGCGACCAGGAGGAAGUACGACAAGGUCCCGAGCCCGAAGGCGUCAUUUCGGAAGUUGUCUGGCAGUGUGGAUUUUGUGAGCGGCAAGCAAGGCAAGAAACGUCAAGCAUCAGUCCUGCCUGCAAUUUUCAAAGCAUUCGGGCUACCAUUUAUUUUUGGAUCCAUGUUGAAACUGGGACAGGACAUACUGAUGUUUAUCAGUCCUCAGAUUCUCAGGUUGCUCAUAACGUUUGUGGAGGGGGAUGAUCCACUGUGGAAGGGGAUCCUGUACGCCCUGCUGAUGUUCGUCACGGCUUCCGUCCAAACCUUGAUCCUUGCGCAGUACUUCAACCGGAUGUUCAUCGUGGGGAUGCACAUUCGCACUGCCCUCAUCUCUACCAUUUAUCGAAAGGCUCUGAAGAUGUCAAACAGCGCCAGGAAGGAGUCGACUGUGGGAGAGAUAGUAAACCUCAUGUCGGUGGAUGCUCAGCGCUUCAUGGACCUCACUAGUUACCUGAGUAUGAUCUGGUCGGCCCCACUGCAGAUAGCGCUGGCCCUCUACUUCCUUUGGGGUAUUCUCGGUCCGUCGGUGCUCGCCGGCCUUGCGGUGAUGAUAAUCCUGAUCCCGGUGAACGGGUACAUCGCCAACAAGUCGAAGACGCUGCAGAUCCGCCAGAUGAAGAACAAGGACGAGCGGGUGAAGCUCAUGAACGAGAUCCUGAGCGGCAUCAAGGUGCUGAAGCUGUACGCCUGGGAGCCGUCGUUCGAGGAGCAGGUGCUGAGGAUCCGCGGCAAGGAGAUGAAGGUCCUGAAGCAGGCGGCGUACCUCAACGCUGGGACGUCCUUCAUCUGGACCUGCGCCCCGUUCUUGGUAUCAUUGGUUUCAUUUGCUACAUUUAUACUCGUGGAUGAGACGAACAUUUUGGAUGCAAAAACUGCUUUUGUUUCAUUGUCUUUGUUCAAUAUACUGCGCUUUCCUCUAUCAAUGCUGCCAAUGCUGAUUACAAACUUGGUUCAGGCGAGCGUAUCUGUGAAAAGAAUGAACACAUUCAUGAACACAGAGGAUCUGGACCCAAACAGUGUCAGUCACGAACCUGUUGAGAAGCAGCCGAUAGUGGUGGAGAACGGCUCGUUCGCGUGGGGCAAGGAGGAGCCGCCCGUCCUGAGGAACAUCAGCCUGGCGGUGAGCCAGGGCUCGCUGGUGGCCGUGGUGGGGACCGUCGGGUCGGGCAAGAGCUCGCUCGUGUCUGCCUUGCUGGGGGAGAUGGACAAGCUGACUGGCCGGGUCAACACCAAGGGUUCGGUAGCGUACGUGCAACAGCAGGCUUGGAUUCAGAACGCCUCGCUGAGAGACAACAUCACGUUUGGAAAGCCCUUGGACCAUUCAGCGUACUUGCGAGUGGUUGAAGCGUGUGCCUUGAAGCCAGACUUGGAGAUGUUGCCGGCCGGUGACCAGACCGAGAUAGGGGAGAAGGGCAUCAACCUGAGCGGGGGACAGAAGCAGAGGGUGAGUCUGGCUCGAGCCGUGUACAGCAACGCCGACCUCUACCUCAUGGACGACCCCCUCAGUGCCGUCGACAGCCACGUCGGCAAGCACAUCUUCGAGAACGUCAUCGGCCCGGCCGGGAUGCUCCGCAAGAAGACGCGAGUCCUGGUGACGCAUGGCAUCACUUUCUUGCCGGAAGUAGAUCUCAUAGUGGUACUGAAGGAUGGGGAGAUAUCAGAACGAGGCACUUACAAGGAGCUGCUUGAGAAGAAGGGAGCUUUCGCAGACUUCCUGAUCCAGCACUUGGGAGAGGGCGAUACUACGGAGGCAGAUUUGGUAGACCUGAAGGAGCAGUUGGACAGCUCGCUGGGCGUUGAGGAAUUGCAGGAGAAGCUGACUCGCGCCAUUCUGCGCCACUCGGAGAGCCACAGCGACGAUGGGUCCGGGAAAGUGAGGUCUCGCUCCGGAUCGUUGCAGAGGCAACGCUCGUAUGAAAGCAGCAACAGCCCGAGUAUUUCGCGCAGUGGCAGCCUGAAGCGUGUGGCGUCAAAUGAAAAAGGGAAACCUCCCAAAGUGGGAGAGAAGCUCAUCGAUGUAGAAAAAGCUGAAACAGGGCGUGUGAAGUGGAGCGUGUACUCUCAUUACCUGCGAUCCAUUGGAAUGAUAUUCACAGUAGCCACUUUAUUCUGCAAUGCGGUGUUCCAAGGAUUCUCUAUUGGAGCCAACCUAUGGCUGUCUGUGUGGUCUAAUGAUGUGUACAGCAAGCUUACAUCUCCAAAUGUGUCUGGCAAUUCGACAGAGACUUCUUGUGGCAACCAGGAGAUGUACCUUGGGGUGUAUGGAGCGUUGGGUGCCGGUCAAGCGGUGGCGACAGUGUUUAGCACCCUGGUCCCCGAGCUGGGAUGCUGGGUGGCCGCGGGCGUCUUGCAUCGCAGCUUGCUCACUGCCGUGUUUCGUGCCCCCCUCUUCUUUUUUGACACCACGCCGGUCGGGCGGAUUUUGAACCGCUUCGCGAAAGACGUUGACGUGCUGGACGACACCUUCCCAGAGCAAUUGACCGAUUGGCUUUAUUGUUUUUUCGAGGUGGUGGCAACAUUAUUUGUGAUCAGCUAUUCUACUCCAAUAUUCAUCGCUGUUAUUAUACCAGUUGGAUUCUUAUAUUACUUCAUUCAGAGGUUUUACGUGGCAACAUCUAGACAGCUGAAGCGAUUGGAGUCCAUCUCUCGCUCGCCCAUCUACUCCCACUUUGGAGAGAGCAUCACAGGAGCCACAACAAUCCGAGCCUACCAUGUACAAGAGAGGUUCAUCAGCGAAUCUGAAGAGAAGGUGGACAUCAACCAGAUAUGCUAUUUUCCAGGAAUCAUUGCUAACAGGUGGUUGGCAGUGAGACUGGAGAUGAUAGGCAACCUCAUCAUCUUCUUCUCGGCCCUGUUCGCCAUCCUGGGACGGGACACCAUGAGCCCAGGUCUGGUGGGUCUCUCCGUCAGCUACGCUCUGCAGAUGACCCAGACGCUCAACUGGCUUGUACGAAUGACGUCCGAUGUGGAGACGAACAUUGUUGCAGUGGAGAGGAUCAAGGAAUAUGCAGAGCACAAGCAGGAAGCACCUUGGGAAAACCCAGCCAUCACCGUGCCCGAUAAGUGGCCGUCGGAUGGCAGAGUGGAGUUCAAGGACUACAAGGUUCGCUACCGAGAAGGUCUGGACUUGGUGCUCAAAGGAAUCACUUUCACCGUCCGCGGAGGAGAGAAGGUGGGCAUCGUGGGAAGAACCGGGGCGGGCAAGUCGUCGCUCACGCUGGGACUGUUCCGCAUCAUCGAGGCCGCAGAGGGCAGGAUCCUCAUCGAUGGAGUGGACAUCUCGCAGCUGGGUCUGCACACGCUUCGCUCGCGCCUCACCAUCAUUCCUCAGGACCCCGUGCUGUUCUCGGGAACCCUGCGCCAGAACCUGGACCCCUUCGAGAAGCUGUCGGACGAGGACGUGUGGACAGCUCUGGAGCAUGCCCACCUCCGAGCGUUCGUGAAGGGCCUGCAGGCAGGGCUGGGCCACGAGGUGUCUGAGGGAGGGGAGAACCUGAGCGUGGGGCAGAGGCAGCUGAUAUGCCUGGCACGGGCACUGCUCAGGAAGACCAAGGUGCUGGUGUUGGACGAGGCGACGGCCGCGGUCGAUCUGGAGACUGACGACCUCAUUCAGCGGACAAUAAGGACGGAGUUCAAGGAUUGCACCGUGCUUACUAUUGCACACAGACUAAAUACCAUUAUGGAUUCUGACAGGGUCAUUGUGCUGGAUAAAGGCAAAGUAGUGGAGUACGACAAGCCUGCCACGUUGCUGAGCAAUAAGCACUCCGUGUUUUACAGCAUGGCAAAGGAUGCGGGUCUCGAGUAACUUCCAUCCUUUAAACUAACUUACUUACUUACUUACUUAGGAGUAUGUACUUGUUGAAGGAAGUUGUGAUUCUCAUGAUGUAUGUGAUGGAUGUUGUUUUUCUAUCAGCGAUUUGAACUGUGCAUGUUCAUUUACCGUUUGGGUAAUGUAGAGUUAAUUUUCUCGAAAUAGCGUACUACAUAAAACUGCAUUAUACUGAAGGAAAAAAAAAUUGGUCAAUUAGUUUUCUUAUAGAUUAUGUUAUUUUUAUAAACCCAAGAAACCUCUUAGUUUAAAUAAUAAUUUGUGAAAAUUGGCACCUAAAAUUACUCAUACCACAGCUAAUUAAAGUGAUAGAAUCCAGAUCUUUAUCAGGAAGUACAUACAUACAUACAUAUGUUGUUUUUAUUCAUACACACUGCCAUGGCCAAGAAGUAAAGGACAGAAUAAGGUUGUAAGUUGGAGAUAACACUUGUUUUACAAGCGAGAUUUGUGACACACAAAGUAACUGAGCUCAAGGAUCUGCUAUCUAUGUAUCAAUUAUCCUGGGUUUGUCAACCCAGUCAAUUAAGUUUUUAAUUGUUGACAUUUGUUUUUAUAUUUAUAUGCAUCUUAUGUAUCUGUGACUCUGAAUCUACUAAAAUUUAAUUGAAAAUUUGAGUACCUGCUUUUUUAGGAAUAAAUUCUUUUUUGUAUCUGUUAAUUGAUAAUUUGAGCCCUUUUGUUAUGAAUUUAUUCUUUUUUGUUUAUUUGUUGAGCCAUUUUGUCAAGGUGGUGCAAUUAAUCCAAAAAUUGAAAAGAGGGAAAAAAAUAUGUUGCACAGUAUACUAAGUGUAGACAUUGAAUCACUACAUAAUGAAAUAAUAUCAAAAUUAAACUAUGGCUAGUUUUAUAAAUCCAUCCAAGUCUUAAAUACUUAAUGUUCUGUUAUUUAUUUCAGUUUUGAAAUCAUUUAUACAUAUUCAUACAAGCUAUUAUGGUCUAAUUUGAGCUAUUUCUCUCAUGACUAAAUCUUUUUAAGCUUGUAAAGUAUGAUAGUUGAAGAGCAUUUUAUACAAAUUAGAUGUUUAUCUGUAAGUUAUUACAUGUACAAUUAAUGUCAAUUUUCUAUUCAAAGCUUACUUCUAAAAACUAAAAUCUUCUCACAUUUUAAACAACACAGCACACAUGAAUGGUGUAACAACAUAACCCAGUGUUUCAAUGAUUUUGUCUUUGUGUUGGGUCAAUUGUGGUACUGGAAGCAAUAGAUUCCAUUCAUUACAAAGAUAAGUGUUUUUGAAGUCAAAGUUGGUCUGUUCUUCCUCUACAGCAAAAUCUUGAAAUUUGGAGUAACUUGUUAUUUAAUAGGGUCAUCAGAGUCAAUUGACUGUUCAGGCAACAUCCCACUAAAGUGGAAAUACUCCACUAAUUUUGAUUUUUGAUUCAUUAUUUUUUUUAUUGUUAAGUCAAGGUAUUGAGCCAAUUUACCAGGAGUCUUGUCUGUUUUAAUGUGUGUUUUCUUCAAUUAAGAAGGGUUUGGUUAAAGAAUUUGGAGUUUACUUAGUUAAUCAAGGUGGUGUUUUAUCACUGUAUAUGUUAUUUAUGCAUCCAGUUAAUAGGAAAUCCUUAAAAUUAUCAUGGUUUCCUAUUUUAUGUAUUAGGAUUGUCUUGUUGGGUGAACACAAUUUAUUUAAAUUGAGUUAAGUAAAUACUCUAAUUCAUAUUUUUCAUAUUUACAGCAAACUUGGUAGUAACUAGCGUUAUCAAAACAUUAUUUUACAAGUUUCAUCAUCACAAAAUUGCAUAAUUCAAGUGUAGUUUUAUAGCAAUUUUGAUUCAUUGUUGACAACUAUAAUUUUGUCAAAGUAUAAAAAUCUUAACAUUAAUGUGUCAACUUUAUUAUUUUUACAGUAUUUUUUUUAAAAUCUGUUUUAUAUUAAAUUGAAGUGAUUUAAGUUAAAUGUUUACUUAAUCUUACCAAUUAAUUUAUUACAGGGCUUUCAGGUACUUAAAUUAUAGUACUUUAUCUUUAUAAGCCAUUUAUUAGUGGCAAUACUAAUUGUAAGUAAAAAAUUAUUUGAAAUUACAUUUGUAAAUAACAAUUUUUUUUUAAUCUGAGUCUACAAAGUAGAAAUAGUUUGAUGAUCAUUGUCAUAAAGAGUGUGAAUUAUUAUGGAAUCUGAAUAUUUUUGGAACCAAUCGAAUACUACUAAUGUCUUUUUAAAAUGUUUGAUAUUGUAAAGAUAGGUACCUGUGCUUUGUGAAUAACCUUGUCUUGUCAACAGGUAAACAUAAGCAUGGUAUAACAGUGUUCCAGGGGAUUGACCAACUAGCUUUCUAUGAUGAAGAUAAGGCCUGAACUGUAGUUUUGAUAACACUGUGGUGCUAAGAAGUAACAGAACAAGCCAAUAUAUAUUAUUUUUAAGUCAGUCAAUACUGAAUAAAUGUUGUCAAAAUAAUUUUUUUUUAACAAAUGUUGGUAUACAUGUCAAAGACUAAUGCUAAUUCUGUUUUUUAAAAAUGGCACAUAAACUCUUGCUUCGUAGCAUCAUAGAAUUUAUUUUGUUUGAAUAUUUGUGCCUUAAUAUGGCUGUAUUGUCAGUGUUUGUGAGAUCAGUGUUUUGUAAUACACAAAAAUUGUGUGGCUUAGUAGCCAUUUAGCCAUAUAUUUAUACUUUCACUUGAUUUUUUGGAGGAAGAUGAUUUAAUAUUUUACAUUUAUGUUACGUCUCGAUGUAACUACAUUAGGUCGCCAACUUAUGAAUUGAUUGCAUUCGCUGGUUUGUUUCGUGAGUAGGUUUUGUGUGAAGUCAACAUAGUACCAAGGGUUUAAACUAUAUGGAUCUUGGAGGCAAAUUGCAUAAAGAUUAUUCUUUUUACCGGAUGAGGUUAUGUAAGUCAUGUUCGUCUGUCUCUCUUUUCCCCCAACCCCCCUGAAAAAAUGGAUAUACUAUUGAUUAGAUACUUGUUUAUUUAAUAUUUCAUCAAGUGCUAAGUAGUGAUAAAUUGAUUUUACUUUUUCUCCCUGUUCACAGCUUUAUUCUGGUUCUUAAAAAUUGGUUCUUGGUUUACAUCCACACAUUUUACCGCAAAAAAAAAAUUAUGUCUGUUAAAUUACAGCUUUAUUCGUUCAAACUUCAAAAUUACUUUAACAGUUAUCAGCAAUUUACCUAAAUCUGAUUGCAAAUAAGUCACCAUUGAGAGAUGGAUUUUUCUUCAGUUUGAUCUAACAUCAACACCCGUUAAAAAGAUUUCCUAGAAGUGCAUAGACAAGUACAUACUAAUGAAAAGCAUACGUAAAAAGAAAACAAUACAUGGUCAAGAUCUGGCAAAACAUGCACCACUUGAUGUAUACUUUUUAUAAGAAAAUGCAGUGUUGUUCAGUAAUGAAAUUGUAAUAUUUUCACAUGCUAAUGUAAUGUGUUCCUAUGGAAACUAUAACAUGCAAGGUGCACAGAUACAAAUAAUAUUAAAAUUGACAUAAAAUGAGUGGUUUCAUUCUCCCCUUAAGACCUACUCAAUCAUUCAUGAACAGCAUUUAUUAAAGGUUCUAUGUAUUACUAGUUACAAAAACAAAUGCAAUGUUAUUAAAUAACACAGAUUUAAUAUGUUAAACAAUUUGUUGUUCCAUUUAAGGUAAUGUGUUAGAAGUACAGAUAGAAUAACUAAUAAACGUAAAAAAUAUGUUUGCAUCCAGGUGUAUCAUGCCAAGGUGGACAAAGCAGGAUUUUACUGUUUACUAGAAAACAUCAAGUCGAUAGCUGCAAUCAACCAGCAUAAGUAGCGAGGUACAAAAGUUGGUGUAGGUAUGUGAAUUUUAAAAAAAUUUAGUGACCUGUAUUUAUAAAUUAUAGUUUGAUUGUAUAAUUUUUUUGGUUGUUACAGAAUUUUCUCUAGUUUGAAAGUUCUGUCAUUACUAAUUUUAUAAAUGUGUUACAACAGUAUGUACUUACGUAUGUACUUUUUCUGGGGUAUUUCUUAAAAUAUUAUGUUUUAGUAAGUUGCAAGAAUUCGUCACAUUACAAGAUACAUUAUUGGUGCAUUCUUUGUAAAUGCAACAAUAAAAUUACCUUAUGUUGGCAGUUUUUGAUAACCUUUUGUUAUAUGUACUGUUUUGAUAGUGUAAAUUGUUGCUGUGAUUGUCAAACCAUAUUUUUGUACCUAUACAGUAGAGCACCUUCUAUCCAUGAUUUUGCAGUAAGGAAACUUCUGUUGAGUGUACAACCCGAGAAAGGGUAACAAAAAAAAAAUGCAUUUUCAAGUGCAGAUUCAGACAGUGCAUUCAUGUGAUGCAUAUGCAUCCAUGUCUAAAAUUGUCUUGUAGAUAAAGAUAUUUUGGUACAAAUUUCCUAGGGGUGUAAAUGGGAAAAAAGAAAAUUUGCAAAUUUGACUAAUGAUCCAGCCAGAAUCAGAAAUCUGUAGAAAUUUAUACUUAUCUAGGUAUCAACUGUUUAAAAUAGAAGGUGCUCCAUUAUUUACAUUUUUCUAAUGUGUACAUGUUCUAAUUAUUGUUCAUCACAAAUGUGUUCUUGCCAAGUAAAUAUUCUUAGUUGAACAUAAUUUUUAAUGACUAGUUUUUAGCCUGACAAAAUUAAAAUGACUCAACAAUAAUUUUUAACACAACAGUGUUAUUUAUUUUGAUGACCAUUGGUACAUGUUCCUGUUCAUUUGAAAAAUGUGAAAUGGUACAUCACAAUUCUGCCAUUUCUGUACAAUCAAAAUUACUGUAAAUUAACCUUAGAUACCAAAACUAUGUGUAGUUGGUUAUAUAAUGUGUAUAAUUUUGUUACUUACCUAAUUGUACUUUAUUUGUAGAUUAUGGAUGUCACUUUUAUUUCUGUAGAUUGUACUUAAUAAAGUUGUUUUAUACAAA